AUGGGUUGUGGACACUAUCGAGUGUUAAACUGCCAGGAGCAGAGGGGUCGUUUGGGGGCGCUAUCAGGGUUACACUGCCUGCAGCAGUCUCUGGGAGCCACGGACACUGUGGUGUCUCCAGUCCCCACCCCAGGUCAGGAGGCCAGCUUGGUCAAGGAGGAGAGGCUGGACUUUGGAGGGUGGGUUUUUCUGGCAUUGUCUGCCCAGCUGCUCCAAGCCAGGCUGAUGAAGGAGGAGUCCCCUGUGGUGAGCUGGAGGUUGGAGCCUGAAGAUGGCACAGCUCUCGAUGUGCAUUUUGUAAGCGCUUUGGGGCCACUAUCAAAUUCUGUGAAGAGAAAUGUACCCAGAUGUAUCAUUAUCCUUGUGCUGCGGGAGCCGGCUCCUUUCAGGAUUUCAGUCACAUCUUCCUGCUUUGUCCAGAACACAUUGACCAAGCUCCUGAAAGAUCGAAGGAAGAUGCAAACUGUGCAGUGUGCGACAGCCCGGGAGACCUCUUAGAUCAGUUCUUUUGUAUUACUUGUGGUCAGCAC